AUGGUAAAGGCUGGAAAAGAUGAAACCGAAACGGUCGCGCCUCGACGCAGUGCUAGAAACCUCGAAAAGCGGAAAGUGUCCGAAGAGACACCAGUUCCGGAACAGGCAAAACCCAAGCAGGCUAAGAAAGCGCCUGCUAAGAAAAAGCCAUCAAAAAUUGAACAUGCACCAGCAGAGGCUGUCGAGACUGAGAAGGACGCUGAGGAGGAAGCAAAACCAAAGCAAGCAAAAAAGGAGCCCGCUAAAAAGAAGCAGGCUAAGAUAGAAAAAGCGCCUGCUGCUGCUGAGAAUGAAGAGGAACCCGCAACUAAAGAAACAAAAAAGAAGCAAGCCAAGAAAGCACCUCCAAAGAAGAACGAGGCCAAAGGACCCAAACGAAAGAAAGACGCUGAAGAAGAGACGAAUGGCCUACCAGUACCAGACCUUGGCCCCGCAACGCAAGAGAAACCAGGCAGCGACGACGAGUCGGCGACAGAAAAAGUCGAAUCAACUGGUAUGUUCAAAAUUGCAACCUGGAAUGUCGCAGGUCUCUAUGCCUGUAUCAAGAAGGGAUUCGUCGAAACGGCCAAAACUCUUGAUUGCGAUGUUAUCUGUCUUCAGGAGACAAAGCUUUCUCUGAAAAAGGGACCACCCCCAGAGAUUAGAAGCGAGCUUAAAGACUGGAAAUACCAGAAUUACGCCAACUCUGAGGGGAAGGCCGGCUAUUCUGGAACUGCUAUCUUUUCUAAGACAAAGCCGUUGAGCAUCCAACGAGGAAUCGGAAAGUCAAAACACGAUGACUUUGGUCGAUCCUGCACCGCUGAGUUUGAGAAGUUCUAUCUGGUAACCAGCUACGUUCCGAAUUCUGGACGAGGUCUAGUCAACUUAGACUAUCGAACGAAGGAGUGGGAGAGUGACCUCCGCAAUUAUUUGACAAAAUUAAACAAAACGAAACCAGUCAUCUACUGUGGUGAUCUCAAUGUUGCUCACACUGCAAUUGACUUGACAAAUGACAAGUCCAACUACAACAAGACGGCCGGAUAUACGCAAGCGGAGAUUGACGAGCUCGAGAAACUUCUCGGUCUCGGGUACGUUGACGCUUAUCGCAAGCUCUACCCAAAAGAAGAAGAUUGCUACACCUUCUGGAGCUACAUGGGAGGCGCUCGCGCCAAAAACGUCGGCUGGCGACUUGAUUACUUCCUUAUGAAGGACUGUGAGGAAUGGGUUGAAGAUGUUGUCAUCCAUUCCAAAGCUCAAGGCUCCGAUCACUGCCCCGUCGAAAUCAAGUUGAAUCUUCCUUGA